GCGUGCUAUCUACCCCACCCAGUGUUCACAGACAGAAGUGCGCAGGCGGAACAUACAGCUGGGGACAAGUGUGAAGGAGCCUUGACUAAAAAUGGAGAGAAGAGUGGCUAGAGAAUUCAGGCAUAAAGUGGAGCUGCUGAUUGACAAUGAAGCAGAGAAGGACUAUCUAUAUGAUGUGCUGCGGAUGUACCACCAGUCCAUGGAGCUGCGCGUGUUGGUGGGGGACCUGAAGCUGGUGAUUAACGAGCCCAGCAGGCUGCCGCUCUUUGACGCCAUCCGCCCCCUCAUCCCCCUCAAGCACCAGGUGGAGUACGACCUGCAGACCCCCAAGAGGUCACGAAAACUGAAGGAGGUGCGUCUGGACAGGCACCACCCGGACGGACUGGGCUUGAGUGUCAGAGGGGGACUGGAGUUCGGCUGUGGCCUCUUCAUCUCCCAGAUCAUGAAGGAUGGACAGGCGGAGAGUGUGGGCCUGCAGGUGGGAGACGAGAUUGUGCGCAUCAACGGCUACUCCAUCUCGUCCUGCAUCCACGAGGAGAUCAUUAGCCUCAUCAAGACCAAGAAGAUAGUGUCACUGAAAGUCAGACAUGUUGGAAUGAUCCCCGUGAAGAGCUCCACGGAAGACCCACUUAAAUGGCAGUUUGUGGACCAGUUUGUGUCGGAUUCUGGGGACAAGAACAGCAGUGUGGCUGGCCUGGCCUCCAUGGGAGGAAAGGAGAUCAAAGAGAAGAAGGUCUUCCUGAGUCUGGCGGGGACCACAGGCAUGGGCAUCAGCAUCUCAAGUGGCCCAAGGCAGAAGCCGGGGAUUUACAUCAGCAAUGUGAAGCCUGGGUCUCUCUCUGCUGAAGUCGGACUGCAGAUGGGUGACCAGAUUGUGGAGGUCAACGGGGUGGACUUUACCAAUCUGGACCACCAGGAGGCAGUUAAGGUGCUGAAGAGUAGCAGGAGUUUGACCAUCACAGUUCUCACCGGCGCAGGCAGUGAGCUGUUUAUGUCAGAUGAGGAGCGUUUGGCAGUGGAGUCUCGCCGUGAGCUGGACCGCCAGGAGCUCAUGCAACAGAAGAGAGUCGCUCUGGAGACAAACAAAAUCGUCAAGGAGCAGCAGGAGAAAGAGCGCUUGAGGAAGAUGGAGAUAUCUCAGAAAACAGCUGAGGAGGAGGAGAGAUAUCGAAAGGAGAUGGAGAAAAUUGAGGCAGAGGAACGGAAAAACCACAGGGAGUGGGAGGAGGACUGGGGCCCCAGAGAUUCCCCCAAACCCCCCAAGACUGCCUCUCCAGGCCCCCGCGCCAGUCCCUCUCCACCCCCGCCAAAGUCCAGGAGCUCCGAGGCUGAUGAGGAUGACGAAGAUGAGGAGGAGUAUGAAGGAUUUCAGAAGUACGUGGAAGACUUUGAUCCAUACUCCAUGUUCACUCCAGACCAGGUGGAAGAGAGGGACAUUCGGCUGCUCAGAAUUAAAAAGGAUGGGCAACUUGAGCUGGCGGUGGAGGGAGGUGUUGAGUCACCUCUUGGGAAGAUUGUAGUGUCAGCCGUCUAUGAAGGUGGUGCCGCAGACAAACACGGUGGGAUUGCACCAGGUGAUGAGGUGAUGGCAGUGAAUGGCAAAAUCCUGACUGACGUCACCCUCACUGAGGGACAGAACUCGCUGGCAAGAGCCUGGAGCAGUGGAGGGGAUUGGAUCGAUCUGGUUAUAGCCGUGUCCCCACCAAAGGACUAUGAGGAUGAAGUGACCUUCUUCUAGGAGUGGGCUCGCUCUCUUUGGAAGAACAGACUGCACCCAGCGAGUGGGUCUGCCCAGGAACCUGGACCUUCUCCACUGUUCUCAUUACCAUUUCUUAGUACCCCAACUCAGCAUGAUUUAGCAGCUUCUGAGAAUAAAAGAAUACAAAUACAAAUGUCAUUUACAGGAGAAUGCGGCAUGCUGUAAAGAAUAUAUGCUAAGGAUGGACAUUGGUCUUUUUAUCUUAAUGCAUAUUACCAGGCACUAUAUUCAGAUGCUGAUUUCAGUGGCAAACAUGUGUAACAUGCUUAUGUAUCAUGUUUACAAAUAUUCCACUGCCACACAUGCACACAGGCUGCAUAUAUAUCAUCGUUAGAAGACUUGUAUUGUCUGAGUUAUCCAAUCAAUGUGCUUUUCAAUAAUAAAUGUGGGUUUUGCA